GUCCGUCCACCUUUCGCGUUGCCGCGAGUGCACGGGAUAAAAUGGCGCUUGCUUUCGUCCGUGCACCUCUAUCGACCGUGACGAACUGCACGGCGGAAUCGCGUCGGCAUCGCUCGCCGCGGCCCUUCUGAACGGAGCCAAGCGAGACGCGUCUACGCGGCGCGCGGCCGCCGUCCGUUUUUCCCCCGACCGUCGACACGCUCGGCCGUCGUCGACGUCGUCCUCGUCGUGCGCGCCGGGAUACCGUGUGUGUGUGAGAGCAAGUGUACGGAGGUGCCCGUGGCCGCGGCGCGAUCACCGGAGCGGCUGUCCGCGGAGCGGAGCGAAUCCGGAGCGAGCGCCAGACGCAGCAGCUGGUGAAAUCCAACUACCGUAAAACCGUAUCGCCAUGUAAAGAAGUAUCGAUCGCCGUUCACCAUUAAUGGAAGCCUCGCGUCACGAAUGAAGCAAGGCGACAUCUCUGUGAUAUAAACGAUUGGGCAAUAUUGUAUUCAUAACGCCGUCACUCGUCGCCGGGACGAGGAAUAUCGAAGAGCGCGCGAGCCCGUUGGAAGAAUUCGAAGGAUAAAUAAGAGCGGCCGUCGGAGCGAUAAGCUGGAGCAUAAGCGGGCAGGGAAAGUAGCGGCCGCUGAGGAAGGCGGAGGUGGUGGUGCCGACGAAGAGGGUGGAGGAAUCCGGCGGUGGCUAUCGGUGGCUGCACGUCGUCGGCUGCCGUGACGCGCAAGACGACGACGCGACGCGAAGCGCAAGGGGAGGCAUGAGGAGGCGAGAGUGACGACGCUCUGCCGGUGUGCUGCAUCCUCUCGCACGGAUCGUGAGAGGACCGGCGGCCGUCCAACGCGGCGGCAGUGGGGCCCACACGGAGAUAAGAAUGGCCCCCUUCAAUAUGGCGAGCGUAGCCGGCCUCCUAGCCACCUGCGCCGCCGUUGCUGCUUCCGCUGCCCACCUUCUGCCGUUGCUGCUGUUGCUAAUCUGCCCGCGAGGGACCCAGGCGGAACAAGUUGUUCUCUUGGACACGACGACGGAAGAGAAACUCGACUGGACGAGAUACCCGUUCGGGCCUCAAGCUAACACUCCUGGCUGGGUGGAGGAGUCUUUCACAAACUUCGACAAGGGUAUCAAUUGGCGGAGUUAUGUUGUGUGUGACGUAGCGUACACCAACGUAAACAAUUGGCUGUGGACGCCGUUCAUAGAGAGGGGUCCGGCGAACCGCAUGUACAUAGAAAUCAAUUUCACGACCCGCGACUGUUCGCUGUUUCCCGGGAACGCACUCAGUUGUAAGGAGACCUUCAGUCUACUUUACUACGAGUUCGACGCCGCCACCAAGGAGCCACCCCCGUGGGAGCCGGACAGUUACAAACUUAUCGGUCGGAUAGCCGCGGGUGAGGGUAGGUUCAACACGAACACCGAGGUGAUGAUAAACACCGAGGUGAAGUCUAUCCCGGUGACGAAGAAGGGCGUCUACUUCGCUUUUCGUGACCAGGGCGCCUGCAUAUCGAUCCUUGCCAUCAAGGUGUACUACAUCAGUUGUCCCGAGAUCGCGGUGAACUUCGCCCAUUUCCCGGCCACGCCGACCGGUCGCGAGGUCGCGCUUAUCGAGCAAACGCGCGGCAUUUGCGUCGCGAAUGCCGUCAAAAUCAUCCAGCCGACUUCCCUCUGCAAGGGAGACGGCAAGUGGUACCUCCCGGCGGGCGGGUGCCACUGCAAGCCCGGCUACCAGGCUGACGUGGACAAGCAGGAGUGCAAGGAGUGUCCGAUAGGCAAGUUCAAGUACGAGGCAGGCUCUCAAGCCUGCGAGCCGUGCCCGGAGCACAGCAAAGCCUCCGAUUACGGCUUCACGGAGUGUCGUUGCGAUCCGGGCUAUUAUCGGGCGGAAAAGGACCCUAAGAAGAUGCCUUGCACACAACCACCUUCGGCGCCGCAAAACCUGACAGUCAACUUCGUCGAUCAGUCCACAGUGAUCCUUUCCUGGAACGCGCCGCAUAUGCAGGGUGGCAGGUUCGACACAACUUACAGAGUGGACUGCGAUUCCUGCAGCAUGGGCGUCAAAUACAUUCCCAAUAUCGAGGUCUUCAACGACACGAAGAUCACGAUAACCGGCCUGAACGCGGUGACUACUUAUCGCUUCCAAGUGUUCGCCGAGAACGGCGUAUCGUCGUUGGUCGGCAAGUCGGAAUACGUGGACAUCACCGUUACGACGGAGGCGAGCGUGCCGAGUCUAGUGAGCAACGUCAGAAUCACGAGUGUCAAGAGCUCGGAGCUCAGCAUCAGCUGGGACGCGCCGGACAUCGGGACCGGCGGGGACAACGAUCUUGUCGAACGAUACGAAGUCAAGUGUUACCCGCGCUACGACGACGCCACUAAUGCAACCGUCAUUCCAACGUCCGAGCUGUCCGCCACGUUCAAAGGUCUCAAGCCUUUCACGGAUUACGCGAUACAGGUUCGCGCCAAGACCACCCGCGGCUGGGGCGAGUACACGCCGGUGAUAUUUAAAAAGACACUCCACGCCAUGGGCCCAGACUACGUCGGCGAGGACGACAACAUGCAAGUUAGGAUAAUUGCAGGGGCGAUCGUCGCCGUGGUCGUACUCCUCGUGAUUAUCAUCAUCAUGACCGUUCUGAUCCUUAGAAGCAGGGCCUCGGACGAGUGCAACAAGAAGCAGCCGAGCGACUGCGACACCCUGGAGUACAGAAACGGCGAAGGACUAGUUGUGACCUACAUGCACUGCAAAAUGGACAGUUCACCGAUUGUGACAACCCAUACCAACAACAAGAGCAAGUCCUCGCUGACCACGCCGCUGUUCACACCUGCAGUGGGGGUCGCCGCGGCGGGCGCAGGCGGCGCAGGCGGUGCAGGUGCAAGGAGUUACGUGGAUCCUCACACCUAUGAGGACCCGAAUCAGGCGGUACGCGAAUUCGCCAGGGAGAUAGAUGCUGGAUACAUCACGAUAGAAGCUAUCAUAGGUGGUGGAGAGUUUGGCGACGUCUGCCGAGGGAAGCUAAAAUUGCCACCCGACGGACGAACGGAAAUAGAUGUGGCCAUAAAGACCCUGAAGCCGGGCUCCGCAGACAAGGCCCGCAACGACUUUCUGACAGAGGCGUCGAUAAUGGGCCAGUUCGAGCACCCGAACGUGAUAUUCCUGCAAGGCGUAGUGACGAAAAGCAAUCCGGUGAUGAUCAUCACGGAAUUCAUGGAGAACGGUAGCUUGGACACCUUCCUGCGCGCGAACGACGGCAAGUUCCAAGUGCUCCAGCUGGUAGGCAUGCUGCGCGGCAUCGCCAGCGGUAUGCAGUACCUCGCGGAGAUGAACUACGUGCACCGCGACCUCGCCGCGAGGAACGUGUUAGUCAACGCCGCCCUGGUUUGCAAGAUCGCCGACUUUGGUCUCAGUAGAGAGAUCGAGAGUGCCACGGAGGGGGCUUACACGACCAGGGGCGGUAAAAUCCCGGUACGGUGGACGGCACCGGAGGCGAUAGCGUUUCGUAAAUUCACGAGCGCUUCCGACGUUUGGAGCAUGGGUAUCGUGUGCUGGGAGGUGAUGUCGUACGGCGAGAGGCCGUACUGGAACUGGUCGAAUCAAGAUGUGAUAAAGUCGAUCGAGAAGGGCUACAGGCUUCCAGCGCCGAUGGACUGUCCGGAAGCGAUCUAUCAGCUGAUGCUCGAUUGCUGGCAGAAAGAGCGCACCCAUCGGCCGACCUUUGCCAAUCUCACACAAACCCUGGACAAGCUCAUACGAAGUCCGGACACGCUGAGAAAGAUCGCCCAGAACAGGGGCACAAAUCCGCUGGCGCCGGACGCGGUAGAUCUAACGCAAUUGAAUUCCGUCAGCGAGUGGCUGGCCUCCAUCAAGAUGUCACGGUACGCAGAGAGCUUCGAGCAUGCGGGCGUGACGACGCUGGAGGCGGCGGCGCGCGUCACCGUCCAGGAGCUCACGGCCCUCGGCAUCACGCUCGUGGGACACCAGAAGAAGAUCAUGAACAGCGUGACGGCGUUACGGGCGCAGAUGUCCGCCACCUCGCAGGGUUUCCUCGUCUAACCGCGGCCGCGACCUCAAAUCCCGCGCACGGAUCGUACGUAGAAAUCGGCUGAUCGGCACGGAACGUCGCUGCUCCAUGGAUCUCACGAAUUCCCGCUUAUUCGAGGCGCCCCGACGCGUCGCCUCCGAGGAGGAGGGAGACGACGACUCCCCCGUGUGUCAUCCAGGACUCGUGAUUACCUAGUCAGAGCGACGAUGUCCUCGAGAGGAAUAUCUCUUCGCGCGCAAGCAGAUCCGACAGAAGCGACACGCGAUACGCCGUUCUGAACCGAGAGAUUCUCGAGCACUCGUGCCGCAGACAUUCCACGUUAGCGAGAGUCGAAAGGAAGUCCGUUCUUCGCGUUUGCGGCUCCUCUCUCGGCGACGAGGAGGAGCGGAAGGAUUCCACGCAUUCGUCAUUUCUCUGAAUCACGUGCAACGACUUUCACCGAAUCCAUAGGACGAUACCGUCUAUCACGAAACUUGUGCGAUCUAUAAGUGUCAAAGAAAUCGUCGUGACGCGAGCCUCACGACAACGGGUCGUUCGAACGAAGCGCGUUUCACACGACGUCCUGAAAGAUCGCGGAAGGCUCUUAACGGGAUCAAUGUUAAAACAUACCGAAAGACUCUCCUACACGAACAACGAGCGCCAAUACUCUUUCGCAUUUCCUAGGCCGUUUCCGCGACCGAUCUACCUAAAGAUCAGACUGACGACGGAAAUAAACAGGCCAGCCCUGUAUCACUGCCGCGAAAACCUUUCGGUCGCUAAUGAACGCUCUCCUUUUAGUUUACAGUACUUGUGUAACAGCUGUUGAAUUGUAUACACUGUAUAUUUUUCUCCGGAGACUUUCAUUCAGUUUUACAGCCGAAUCGUCCUUUUCUUUCUUACUGUUCUACUGCCAUCGCGCUUGUGCUAGGUUUUGUAACGUUUUGUAUUGAACGACCGCUCAUUUUAGUACGUACCUACGGUGUAGAACAUUGAACGACGAACAUAUCGGCCUAAAUGUCGCUCGAAUACGUCUGUUCCUGGCCUCUUUUCUUAAGUAUACUAAAGUUUGUCCAACGGAUGGACACAGCAAUACGCACCGGACGUGGAAAAAAAACGAUAAUUAGAUAGAGAACCGUGUCACGAGAGAAAUGUACCAAAAAGAGAGAAAAACGGACCGCAAUAGUUUCUGAGAUUCCGGGCUCGAUAGCGUGACAGCAAUGUAGGUUCAUUAUUUCAUGUAGCGAAUGUAGCGAGUGCAUUACACUAUUACGCGUAUGUCGCCUCGGCAAUGUACACGAUCGAGAGCAAGGGCGAGCGUUAGCGGGACGUCGUUUACUAACUCUUUACGCUAAAAUUACGAAUCACGCCUUUGCGCCUACCUAUGUAAAAACGUCGUACGCGCGGCCUACGUACGCGGUAUACCUUACGAUUGUAACGGCGAAACGGAACGAAGCGGACAUGUGCCAACGCGAGUGUGCAGGUGUCAACGUCGGCGCGAGGCUGCGCGACACCGCGGGAUAAAUGAGCGGAGGAACGAGAGGAACGCGUGAGUGCGAGUGCGAAUGAAAUUGCUGAAUGAAUUGUCGAUGAACGCGUGACGAGAAUCUGCCGCGAGACUCAUUUUUCGCGCUACCAUUCGUAUGUACACGAGCGUGCGAUCACGAAAUCAUUCUAUACAUAUAUAUAUAUAUAUAAAUUAUACAUAUAAAGAUAGCUAAUGUGUUACAAAUACGGCACUGCGAAAAGAGAGGGACGGGAGUGGAACUCUCGGUCGCGACAGAGGAGACCGUCCGUUCCGCCCGUUCCGGAGAACGAAGGGGCGCGACGCGGCGGUGGCGGCUUCGAGCGCGUCCCUUUAUUAGCGAGCAGCGCGCUAACAUAUCAACAUUAUCGCGGAGACGCAAUGCGAGCGGAAGAAGGGACACGCUCGCGGUGCGUCGUCACUCGGGUCGAAACUACUCCGUUCGAUCCCUCGGCUCUUCCCUCGGCUCCUCGGCGAAAUGACAAGGGGAGAAUGCGAACCAGCCGGAAGAAGAGAAUGUAAACGGACUGUAAGAUACGCGGAACAAAAUACUCACGUAUACGCGAGCGACGACGCGUGCGAGGCACGCGCGUCCACGGGGUAGUUCUUUUUGAUUUACACAAUCCGAGGAGGGGUUCCCACGCGAAGCAACGUCCAUUCCAAUUGUACAUGUAUCCGUAAUGAGGAACCGCGUCUCCCUCCCUCGGGAGACGUAAGAGAGGCCUGUGCUUCGCCGUAUCUCGUUACAUCCGCAUUCGCAAAGACUGCGUCCCGGGUCCCGCGACACGUACUUGCCGGGAUACGCACGUUGCCGGCGACUUGUCUUACGAGAGAGACCAGCGGAGCGGCAUACACAUUGUUGCGUACGGAAAAAAUGCUGCGCGUGAGAUUAAAACGGCUUCCAAGUGGGCUUUCGGCGAGCCACGGAGAGAAAUUCUUUUAUUUUCUAAUUUAACGGUUUUAACGCUAGUAGCAUAGUCGAUGAUGCACGUCGAGGCGACGUUGGGCCGCGACGAGUGGAAGCGAACGGCGGCGCUUUGGCAGGCGGGAUUUUUCGCGCUCGAUAAAAUGCAAAGACAACGACGAAGCGACCGUCUCUCGCGUUUCCAGCCAAUCUCUCGCCCUCUCCCUCGUUUAAUCAAAGAAGAGGCGCGAGUCGCGCCUGCGGAGCGCCAGGCCGGUGAUUAAAAUUGCUUCGCUUUCGCCUCGAAUUUUGCGAUCCAACGGCGCCCCCGUGAACGAAAUGUCGCUCGAAGUUAUACUUCGAGCGAAGAAUACCACGCGCUCUGGUAUCCUUCGACUCGCCGUACUUCCUUCCGCGUGCGUAUCGAUAAGGAAAACGGAAGGGAAGAGCGAAAGACACUGCGGGAGGCCGCGCGGCGAUGACGAAAUCUCCCUUAGGAAAAACAAAAAGAGUUAAAGAAGGCUACUGGAAAACGGCGACGAUUAAGAAGCAAUAAGUAAAUACACGCAAAUGCAGAUUUUUAUAUAGAAAAUGUUAACAAAUUUCAGAAAAUAUUAAUUAUCGAUAGCGCUAUCUUCCUAAAUGUUCGUAUUAAAGGUUAAACGAAAAGAAAAGGUACGACAAAGCGAUGAUAAGGGCGAGAUCCCGGCCGAAAGGGAGGCGGACGAGAGGAGGGUCGCGGGCGCGAGGCGAAUUCGCGCCGCGACUUCGAUUGUAACGUGACCCUCGACAAUUAAUGUGUGGCAAUUCGGCCGGGAACCCGCGGACGCGAGGAAAGGGUCUUAAGAACUUUCUCAAGCUGUAACUGUCUGUGUUUUAGCGACGAGUCUGCGAGUGCGACCUGAAGUUUUGCGGAUGCCGAUUAAUUUCGAUAUUUAGAUUUCAUAGAGCUCUAUCAAUAUUACACAGAAACACACACACGGCCACGUGUUAGGGCACGGGGGAGAGAAAGUACGCGAAACCGAGAAAUGUAUUAGUUGAGAAAGAGAGAGAAGGCGUAGAUUACGUCGCGUAGGACUUCUCCGAUUUUUCUUUCGUUCCCUCGACUCCUCCGCGGAAACGUAAUUCCCAGUUUACAAUUUUUUUCCUCUCCUUAUGGAAAAGAACGAGAUUGCGCGUUACGCUUCCGGUAAAAAAAUUUUCACAUAAAAACAUAUAAAAGUAUAUAAUUAUAUAUGGAAUAAGUCCAUGUGUUUUCUUCCUCUUCUAAUCUAUUUGUACGUACAGGAAAAAUAAGAGAAAGAAGAAUUAAUGAGGAUAAUUUUCGCAUUGUUUUCUUGAUAAAAGAUGAAGUUUGAGGACAAGUGAGGAAAAAAUUGUCCAAUAAUCAUGUAUAAAUGUAAUAAUCGUAUCUGAAAAUGUGAUUAUAUAUGACUAUAUAAUAUAGAGCAUUGUAUAGUCUAGGCGCAGUUUUAUUUUUUGUAGAGAAAACAGUGCAGCAAUUAUUUUUCAAGUGAAUUUUUAAUUGUUCUUUCUAUUAUUUUUUUCUGGACGCACAAGAGAAGGGAAACAUAUGCGUAUGGAUAUAUUUUAUAUUAUACAAUAUGAAUAUAUACAUAUAUAUAUAUAUAUAUUUGUAUAUAUUUUUAUAUGAAAAAUUUUUUUUUCGGGUUCCCAAAUCUUUCAAUCAUAACUUCACGUCACGUGUUUUAGUUGUUUCGUACACGCGUAAAGUUUCAUUAAAAGGAAAUCGGAGAGAAGAGAGCGACAGGAAAAAGCCUGAGAAAUCAAAAUCGCUUCACGUUCGCCCGGAUGUCCCCGUUGCGGUGAAAUUUCGUUCUUAUUCUCUUCAGCGCUUCUUCCUUUUCUCAAUUUGCCGACGCGGGGAGAGGAAUGCGAGAGCGACGAGCGGCCGAGGGAGGAAACUCGCCUCUCUCCUCUCGCUUGAAUCCUGUGUAAUCGAUUUUAACUCUACUACUAUUUAUUAAAAGAAGAAGAGAAAACUUAUUUAUUUCUUAGAGAUCUGACUAAAUUGCAAAACGUUUUAAUUAUCUAAAUAAGUUAUCUAUUACUAUUUAGUGGCGAGGACGAUAUAGGGCGACGUUAUUCUUCCCCUAUUUUCGGAGAGUUUCCGCGAGAACUCUGUCUUGUAAAAAAGAUGGCGAGAGCUACAGCUACAGUGAUAAAUACGUAUCGAAUCUGUACGCAGCUAUUAUAUUAUAUUAUGUUUAAGUUAAGGCGUUAAUUAAAUGACUUACGAGCGCGACUUGUUUUCUUUUUCUUUUCUUUUUUUUUAAUUCUUACUUUUUACGAUUCUCCUUACAGCGAACUCUGUCAAAGUACCUGCUUCGAAAAACGAAAAUCUGCGAGGACAAGCAAAGCAUUUACAGGUACCGUCCCAUAUAUUAUACAUACAAAAAGAGAGAGAAAGAAAGAGACACAUACCAUACCAGACACACACACACACACACACAAACACACAUACACACGUGCGAUAAUUUAUAUACACUCGCCGAGCUGAGUUUUCAUGAAGAAAGAAAAAUUGGUCAAGCGAAUCACCUCCGUGUGUCUUCGAUUCAUUGUAUAAAGGAGAAUGCAAGGGGGACAGGAGAAAAAAAAGUAGCGCGCGAGCAGGGAGUUACUGUCGACAAAUUUUGGAACGUGUCUAAAAACAAUUUUUCCUAUGGUGUUGUCAAGACGAUGUUGAAUGUACAUAAGAUAUAAUAAAUGAUAUACCUUAUACGAUGUAAA